CCGUCGCGCUGUAACCGGAGAGACGGUAUCGAGCGGACGAGAGCUUCUAACGACGUAAGGCUGAGCUUACAAUUCGACUAUAGCGUCAUCAACUCCAUUGAAAAGUGCAAGGGGACAUGACGCGCUCAGACAACGUCCUCGGCACAUGCUGUCGUUUCUGCCACUACCAUUGGAAAACCUGAGCAAAUAGUCGCAUUUCUAAGCAAUUGAUAGUGGCAAUGGUGGACUCGCGAAACAGCUAGGCUUGAUAUAUUUCCAUAUUCCCACAUCUUCAUACAAACUGUGUACCACUCACCAUUUCUUGCCGUCCACCUAUCAAGAGACUCGAUUUUUGAUACUUGCUACUCUGACCUCCCACUCUUAGCCAAGCUUAGCAACCAACAAUGGCAUCAGGAGACCGCUAUGCUUCGGAGGACGCCAGCCCGGCGCCUCUGGGCCAACCACUGAAGUUCGAGUUCAGCGGCAAGACCGCCAACAACCGCUUUCUCAAAGGCGCAAUGACCGAACGCUUGUCGUCAUGGGACCCGAAGAACUUCGAAGCCCGUGGCAUUCCCAGCAAGAGCCUUAUUAACGUCUACCGUAUAUGGGGCGAAGGUGGGAUUGGUAACAUACUGACUGGCAACAUCAUGAUCGAGUAUGACCAUCUCGAGGCUGCCGGCAACGCCAUUAUUCCACGCGGAGCACCGUUCUCUGGUGAACGUUUCGAGGCCUUCAAAGAGAUGGCUGCGGCAGGUAAGAAAGAGGGCAGCCUGAUGGUUGGACAGGUGUCACAUCCGGGACGGCAGGUGCAGGACAAGAUCCAGCCGCAUCCGAUCUCAGCUAGCGAUGUGCAGCUAGAGGGCGAUAUUAUGGGCAUGACGUUCGCAAAGCCUAGAGCAGCGACUGAGGAGGACAUCAAGCAUGUCAUUGAAGGCUUUGCGCAUGCCGCUGAGUAUAUGGAGAAGGCCGGCUACGAUGGCAUUGAGCUUCACGGCGCUCACGGCUACUUGUUAGCCCAGUUCUUGUCGCCCACUACUAACAAAAGGACGGACAAGUACGGUGGUAGUCUCGAGAACCGCGCGCGGCUCAUCCUCGAGAUCGCUCAGGAAAUCCGCAAGCGUACCUCACCAUCAUUUAUCAUGUCGAUCAAGCUCAACAGUGUCGAAUUCCAAGAAAAAGGCUUCCAGCCCGAAGAAGCCAAGAAGCUUUGCUCGCUCCUCGAGGAGAACCGCUUCGAUUUCGUUGAGCUUAGCGGCGGCACCUACGAACAGCUCGCCUUCGAACACAAGCGCGAGUCGACGAAGAAGCGGGAGGCGUUCUUCAUGGAUUUUGCGGACAUGAUCGCUCCCGUGCUCACCAAGACUAAAGUCUACGUCACAGGCGGUUUCAAGACCGUCGGUGCCAUGGCGCACGCCCUGCAGACGGUGGACGGUGUUGGACUUGCCCGUCCGGUCUGCGCUGAGCCACGCUUGUGCAAGAGCAUUCUUUCUGGCAAAGUGAAGGGCGCCCUCAAGCAGCAUAUCGACGAGAACAACUUCGGCCUCACAAACGUGCUUGCGGGUACGCAGAUCCGGCAGAUGGGCAAGGAUCAGGAGCCGAUCGACCUCAGCCGCGAUGAGAAUGUCGAGGCGUUCAUGAAGGAUAUGGGCGCGUGGAUGGAGAAGAUGCAGAAAGAUAGCGAGGGUUCCAAUUACGGCUACAUUGACAUCAUGAGCGCGAAGCCUGUUCCGUACGGUGGGCCGUCUGUAUAAGGUCGUUAGCGAGGCAUCAUCAUUGCACUAGAGAAGCUA